CACCGCUAUACAACACCAUGGAGUGCUCGUUCGGUAUCACAGGCAAAGACUAUGUCAUCCUCGCCUCAGACAUGGGCGCAGGCCGUUCCAUCGUCCGCAUGAAGUCGGACGAGAACAAGAUCAAGGCCCUUGGCCCCCACCUCGCCAUGGCCUACGGCGGUGAACCAGGAGACACCAACAACUUUGCCGAGUUUGUCGAGCGCAACAUGCGUCUGUACAACAUCCGACACCACUUCCCCCUUCUCCCCCACCCUGCUUCAGCAUGGAUCCGCCGCACACUGGCUGAAUCCAUCCGCUCCCGUAAACCCUACGCCGUCAACCUUCUCCUCGGUGGUUUCGACACCACCACCUCCAAACCCCACCUCUACUGGAUCGACUAUCUCGGUACCAAGGCUGUCGUCCCCUACGCCGCGCACGGUAUGGGUGUCUAUGUCAGUCUGAGUACUAUGGACAAGUGGUGGAAUGAGGAUAUGGACCAGAGAGAAGGUGUGGAGGUGCUGAGAAAGUGUAUUGAUGAAACUGAGAAGCGUCUUACGAUCAAAUUCGACUUUAACGUCAUUCUUAUUGACAAGGAUGGUAUCCACAACGUCGACCUUUCCCAAGAAGAUCCCAUUGCCAACAUUGAAGCCAACCCCAAGGACACCCAGGUGGAUGCUCCCCGUCCUCCCAUAGAAGUUGGUGUCACUGUUUGAGGCAGGUGAAUGGCAAGAUCGGGAAUUAGGGAGUAGCAUCGAAGGACAAAGAUGUAUUUUAUGACUAAACUGGGUAUACUGGCUUUCAUUGCCGAGGUAGUGAGAAUGAUGGAGAGCUCGGCGACUGUGGACGCUUUUGAGAUUCGACAUGAGAAGUAGCAUCUGUAUGGGCGAGGCAAGACCAUCGUCCAGUCUCGCGACAUCAUUGCCGAGUUACCAGCAUUGGUCACAAAGAAUAACCCACCUCUAGGAAGAUCAUCGCGGGAAGCAUCAGUCAAUUUGUCUAUCUACUGACUAUUCCCCAAAUCGUGAUCAACUUGCUCUAUCAUCUCGACCUCAUUCCCAUUGCAUGACAUCAGUACAGUAACGUGCAUGCUGCAUACGACGGUUCAUUCUGCGGAUGGUGACAUCAAGCCUUUCAACCAUGGGAUGGCGUGAAGACCAUCUGGCUCCGCUCCAAAGCUCACCUAUAGUUAUUCUAUGAAUCUCUUGCUCAUUUUUCCAACUUUCGGGCAAGCUUAUCGACUUCCAGAUACUCGAGUCAUCCUACUU